CUACUGGUAACCGAGGUGCAGAUAUCUAUAAACUGCAGGAUACAAAAACACAAUACUGCAACACUUCUUUCAUAUACAGCUGAAAUCAAGAGGCUUUAACCUAGUGGAUCCCUAACAUCCAAUUAUUCAUUGAAUACUUUAUAAAGAAAAGCACCAUGGAGGCCCUCGAUAAUAUCCUCGAUAACGCUACAAACCCCACAACGGGAAUCCUCCACGGUGCGGUUUUCAUCGCUGUCGACAGGUCAGGCAAAACAAUCUACAGCCGCGCCUCCGGGCGAGACCGUCUCGACAUUGCCAGCGCGAAGCCUCUUCAACUCGACUCGCUCUACUGGAUUGCGUCGAUGACGAAACUCGCCACGGCUGUUGCGGUUGUGCAGUUGGUUGAAAGGGGUGUUUUGAAUUUGGAUGAUGAUGUGAAGGAGGAGAUUGAGGAGUUGAGGAGUGUCAAAGUUUUGAGAGAGAUGAGGACUGAUCCAUCUUCGGGGAAGGAUUACCCAGUGCUUGACCCUGUUGAAGGGAAGAUUACACUGCGACAACUCUUAUGCCACACCUCAGGCUUCGUUUACGACUCAUCAUCACCCCUACUCCAGAAAUGGUCGAAGUCCCAGGGCAGAUCAGCGUAUACAUUCAGCGGAAGCAUGGAUGGCUAUACCCACCCAUUACUCUUUCAACCUGGGACCUCCUGGGAGUAUGGAGCUGGGCUUGACUGGGCUGGCCAAUUAAUCGAACGCGUAACAGGCUCGCCGCUCUCGAAAUACAUGCAGGAAAACAUCUUUUCUAAACUAGCUGCCUCCUCGACAACAUUCCAUCAUCCUUCCCAACCUCGUGUCUCAAAUACUACUAAUAAUACUCAGCCUCCCCUCCUCGAAAUGGCCUAUCGAGUCCCCGUCUCAAAUAAAAACCAGAGCACAACCACAACCCCCAAAACAUCCCUAACCCCAGGCCCCAUAACGCUGCAAUAUCCACUUAAGCAGGAUCUCGGCGGCAUCGGCCUCUUCAGCACGCCCACUGACUUCACAUCCUUCCUCACAUCCCUCCUCCGCGGCGGGGGCACUCUAUUCCACAAGGGCGAAGAGAGCGUCAAUCUCCUAUUUGCCCCGCAGUUAGAUCCACAGUCCGAGUCUGCAAAGGUACUACCCAAGGCGCUGGGGUGGCAGAUGAAGCGGAUUUUAGGGGCAUCGUCUACUGAUACAGGUACUGUGAAUCACGCUCUAGCAGGCACGGUGACGACGAGGGAUAUACCCGGCCGAAGAAGGGCAGGCAGUGUGAGUUGGAGUGGGUUGCCGAAUUUGCAUUGGUGGGUCGAUCGUGAUACGGGCAUUGCGGGUGCUCUUUUCACGCAGCUUAUGCCCCCUGCGGAUGCAGGUGUUACAGGGCUUUUGAUUGAGCUUGAGAGCGCGCUUUAUGGGGUGUUGAAUGGGGGACCGAAAGGGGGUGUAAAGUUGUAGUGAUAUAUACCCAUUUAGUUCAAGUUGCGGGGGUAUGUUUAGCACUAAUCGAUCAAGACCGGUUCUCGUGUCGAGACCAGGCAGGUACUCUGAACAUUAGACCUUCCUUGUCUCCGAAUAGAUAAAGUCUAAUAUUUCUCCUCCAUGAAAUACCACGGUUUUUCUGGUCCUGAACCACCAUAUUUCUGGCCCGGCAAACGCAUUGGCACGGGUACUGUGCCUCUGAAGAUAUCCAGAAGCCCUGUAUUCUCUUCUUUAGCUUUACUCCCAGCACCGCUUUCUACUCCCUUUCCUUUCCCAGUCUGUGGCUGGUUUUCUGUUUCGUCUUCGGUUUCACUCUCCGUGAUUGGCUCUGAGGCUUCGCUUUUCUCCUUCUCUUUGAAUACUGGGACCACAACUCCGCAUUCCCAGUUUCGACAAUUGAGUUUAGGUUGUUUUGUUGUGCGGUCGAAGACUAGACGGCCCCUAAUAAGAAAAAUAGCAGGUUA